UGGGGACUCAGCCGCGACCCCUGCCCACAACAGCGCAGCCUCCUCGCCCUGCGCCUGGUGGGGGGGGGAUCUCUGGACCCCAAGGUCCCCCCCUGCGGUCUUGUCCUCACCGCGCCCGCUGCCCCUGCUUCUGAACAUCCAUCCGGCUUGGGGUCUCCACCAGCCGCUGCUGCGGGGACUAAGUUUCCACUGGAACCAGGCCGGCUCUGACCCCGGGCUGCCCUCCGCCCACUUCCUCCUGGAGGUCUCGGUCACCCCGGGUGCCCUGGAAAGUGCUCUCUAGGGGAAGCCAGCAGCCUGGUGGAAGCCAGUUCCCCUUUCUGAUUUAGGCUCCCCGGGAACCCCAGGGAACCCGGGGAACCCCUUGUCCUUCUGGAGCUGAUGCCGACGGUGCUGCCUGGGCAGCCCCUUGCCCCGCCCACAAGGCUCUGCCCCAAGGGGAGGAAGCCAGUCCCCUCCAGACACAUGUGGGGGGCACCGUCCCCAGGAGCCAACUGUCCCUUCACAGAACAGGGGUGGUGGGCCUCAGACCAGGCAGGAGACCCGGACCUAUAGGGCCAGGAGGGUGGGGGUGGGGGGCUGAGAGGCCCUGUGGGGGGGCACCGUCCCCAGACGCAGCCGGCUGGCUCCUGAGCUGGGCCGAGAGACCCUUCAGAGAGGGUGGGUCUGGGCUGGGUCCAGGCCAGUGGGCCCAGCCUCCUUGGACCUAACCACCCUCUGCUCCUGUCCUGCCCCAGAACUCUCCGGCUCCGCCUCCUCGGCACCUUGGUGGGGGGAGGCGGUGUGUGCGAGCCCUGACCUCAGCCGGACCUGGCUCUUGGCUUCUCCUGUCCCACACGUCUCCUCGAGAGCGAAUAGCCCCCGAGGACCAGCGGAGCCCUGAGCCUCGGACGCCACCCCGCAGGGCCAGGCCAGCUUUAGAGAUGGUGUCCCCGGGGUCUGGCCCAUGGCCCACCGGCCCCACGGCCACCAAGGAGCCAUCCCUGGCCAGGCUGUACACCCAGGUGGACCUGUGUCUGGGCUGCUCCCGCUGCACUCAGCGCCUCAACGAGAGCACCUACCUCCUGCGCCGGGUGGAGCACAGCUGCCCCCGUGAGAUCCUGCUGGCCCGCUCCAAGCGAGCCGCCAAGAGCAGGGUCUGGCGCAAGGUGGACCGCCGGCCCAGCUUCCCGCGGCCUGCACGCUACGAGGUCUGCCGCUACUACAGCCCUGGGCUGGGCUGCCGGCGGCACCGAAACCAGUGCACCUUUGCCCGAAGCCCCGAGGAGGCGCUGGUCUGGACCUUUGAGCGCGAGCACAAUGUCCACCGUCUAUGGUUGAAGGCAGCGGUGAAGGGUGGCGGGGCCCAGGGCGAGCUGCGCAGCCCCGCUGACACCAUCCGAGAGGAGUUUGGCGGCCACUUCCAGCUGCUCUGCUGCCACUGCUUCCGGCACUGCCCGCCACACCUCAGCCCCGUGGACGCCCAGGGGCGCUGCCCCAGGCAUGGAACCUGCCCCUCGCUCCUGACCCACAUGAGCUCUGAGGGCCGCAAGCAGCAGGUGGUGGAAGUGCGGCCACAGCCCCAGUACCGCCAGCCGCUGGCCUAUUGCAUGUAUGUGGGGCGUGGGCGGCCGUGCCGCCAUGGGGCGUCCCGCUGCCAGUACGCCCACAGCGCUGUGGAGAUGGCCGUGUGGGAGGCUGAGCAGCUGGGUGGGCUCCAGCGGAUGGACCUGCUCACACUCCCUGCCCCCAGGGGGGGUGGGCACACAGCCCCCCCCUACCAGCCUCCUGCACUCCAGCUGUACUGCCACGCCUGCCUGGUCACCUGCCGCUCCCAGGAGGCCUUCGAGAACCACUGCUCAUCCCAGGAGCAUGCGCAGAUGGUGGCCCAGGGCCAGGCCAUGGCCUGGGAGUACCGAAGCCCGCCCACCGGGCUCUCCACCUUUGAGCUCUGCCCUAGGCCCGACCUCUGUGAGUAUGGGGACAUCUGCACCAAGGCACAUUCAGAGCAGGAGCUGCAGGAGUGGGAGCGGCGGGUGCGGACGGCAGAGCUGCGGGAGCAGGCGGCCUGGCAGGAGGGGCUGGUGUCCUACCGAGAGCGGCUGCUGGCCGAGUACCAGCGCAGCAGCAGGGAGGUCCUGGUGUUGGCUGAGACUGUUGAUGGUGUGUCCGUCACCUGCCACCAGCCCCUGGUGCAUCAGGCCCAGGAGAGGAAAAUUCAGCACAGCUGGACGUUCGUGGUCCACUCCGAGGAGCCCUUGCAACAUGUGGCCCUGCUCAAGCAGGAGCCGGGAGCAGACUUCUCGCUGGAGGCCCCCUGCCUCCCGCCGGGCCGGGUGUAUGCACAGGGGGAGCGCUUCCGGGUGCCCGGCUGCCCAACCGAGUUCCGGGUGGCCGUGCGUGUGCAGAGCACCUCCUUUGGCACCUUCGAGCAGUGGGUGGUCUUCGACUUUGGCCGCAGGCCGGCCCUGCUGCAGAAGCUGGAGUUGCAGCUGGGUCAGGAGCACCACCCAGGGGGGACGCUAGCACCCGGCCACCAUGAGGAGCUGGAGCGCUGGCACACUGGCAACCGCCACGUGGUCCCUGGUGUGGAGCGCACAGCAGAGCAGGCAGCCCUGAUAGCCAAGUACAAGGUGCCGGCGCUGGCCCUGGAGUUCCGCCGCGGCGGCCCAGCCCCGGGCCCCCUGUCCUGUGCCAACUACCGGCAGAGGAUGCACCAGUUCCUCUAUGAGGAGGAGGCUACGCAGCAGCAGCUGGUGGCCAAGCUGAACCUCCGGGGCCCUGUGUCCCUGAAAACCUCACUGCAGACGCCAGCCCUGGGCAUGCUCUUCCCGCCACCGGGAGCUCUCUACGCCGAGGUCCCCAUCCCCUCCUCCCUGACACCAGACACAGACCAGGGCUUUCUGCUGGGCCGGGCGGUCAGCACGGCGCUCGUGGCCCCUGUGCCCUCACCUGGCCACACGGUGUUCGAGGUGCGGCUGGAGACCCGGGCCAGCUUGGAGCAGGCGCGGUGGCUGCUGCUCCCCGCCCACUGCUGUGCGGCCCUGGGCUUGCAGCCUGAGGCCAGCCCCCUGCUGGAGGUGCAGUUCCAGGUUGACCUGCUGACCUUCCGCCUCUGGCAUGAGGCAGUGGACGCACUGCCCGAGGAGCGCCUGGUGGUACCCUACUUGCCGGCCUGCGCCCUGCCCCGCCUGCGUCCCAGUCCGCCUGCGUUGCAUGGCAACCACAAACAGAAGUUGGCGGUGGAGUUCAUCGCAAGCAGCAGCCCUGGGGGCACGCGGCCCGUGGCCCCGCUGCUUAUCUAUGGCCCUUUUGGCACAGGCAAGACCUACACACUGGCCAUGGCCUCCCUGGAGGUCAUCCGACAGCCCCACACCAAGGUGCUCAUCUGCACACACACCAACAGCGCGGCCGACAUCUACAUCCAGGAGCAUUUCCACAGCUAUGUGAGUAGCGGCCACCCCGAGGCCACACCACUGCGGGUGAUGUAUACGGACCGCCCGCCGAGCCAGACGGAUGCAGCCACGUUACAGUACUGCUGCCUGACGGAGGACCGCCGGGCCUUCCGCCCGCCCACACGCGCUGAGCUGGAGCAGCACCGCAUUGUGGUGGCCACCACCUCGCAGGCCCGCGAGCUCAGAGUGCCUGCUGGCUUCUUCUCGCACAUCCUCAUCGACGAAGCCGCCCAGAUGCUGGAGUGCGAGGCGCUCACCCCAUUGCGCUACGCCCUGCCAGGCACCCGCGUGGUGCUGGCCGGGGACCACAUGCAGGUCACACCCCGGCUCUUCAGUGUGGCCAGGGCACAGGCGGCCGGCCACACGCUGCUGUACCGUCUGUUUCAGCUCUACCAGCAGCAGACACACGAGGUUGCCCAGCGCAGCCGCAUCAUCUUCCAUGAGAACUAUCGUUCCACGGAGGCCAUCAUCACCUUCGUCUCGCGACACUUCUACCUGGCCAAGGGCACGCCCAUCCACGCCCGUGGCAAGGUCCCGCGCCACCCCCGGCACUACCCGCUCAUGUUCUGCCACGUGGCGGGCAACCCCGAGCGUGAUCUGUCCCUGACAUCCUGGCUCAACACCGCCGAGGUCCUCCAGGUCGCUGAGCAGGUGCACGAGUUCUACAGCGCCUGGCCCCACUGCUGGGGCAGCCGCGAGCAGAGGCACAUCUGUGUGGUGUCCCACGGCGCCCAGGUGAGUGUGCUGAGGCAGGAGCUGAGGCGGAGGGACCUGGGCCAGGUGUCUGUGGGCAGCUUUGAGAUCCUGCCAGGCCGGGAGUUCCGGGUGGUGGUGCUGAGCACAGUCCACAACCGCCAGAGCCUGCAGAGCCCGGGCGCGCCUGCCCUGGAGUUCUUCACGGACGCCCGCGUGCUCAACACCAUCAUGACCCGCGCCCAGUCCCAGGUGGUGGCGGUGGGGGAUGCCGUGGCCCUCUGCUCCUUCGGGGCCUGCAGCAAGCUCUGGAAGAGCUUCAUCCGCCAGUGUGUGGAGCAUCGCAGCGUCCACCCCGAGGGCUUGUCGCUGGAGCACAUUGAGCAGGCCGUUGUCCAGAGGCAGCGCUGGGCCCGCUGCCAGCAGCCCGCAGCCCCGCCGGCAGAGGGGCCUGUGGCAGUGGUGGCUGAGGACACGGUCCCAGUGGAGGGGGCGUCAGGGGCCCCGGCCACAGAACAUGUGGCUAUGGCCGAGGCCAAGGAGGGCGGAUCCCUGGCCAGCACCUCAGUGGUUGGGGACAUGGCCACAAAGAACGCAGAGGCUGGGGACAUAGCUUCAGGGUCUGCGUCCAGGGGGUGCCCAGCAGGUGCGGAUGGAGUGCCACCAGGGAACCCGGCGGAUGUGGUGGCAGGGCCGGCAGCCACAGAGAGCGAGGACCCCGAGGACCCCGAGGACCCCGAGUCUGACUUUUGGCCCUCCGACGGGGAGCUCGGCGCCGACGACUCCAUCCUGCAGGAGCUGCUGGACGAGAGCCGGAACGUGACAGUGACCGUGCGGGAGGACGGGCUGCUGGACACCGUGGCCAGGCCUGCGUCCCCACAGCAGUCCCGGCAGUAUGUGAACCUGCCGCCCGACGCACUGCGGAAGCUGCUGCGCUCGGAGCCCCAGCUGCACCACAGAUGUGCCUUCGUGCAGGAGACCUUCAGUGGGGACGAGGUGCUGGUCAAGGUCCUCGGCGGCGAAAGGGGCCUGUCGGGGCGGCCGCAGGGCCGUGUGCUGGGCGUGCUGAAGAGGCGGCGCAGUGAUCUGGUAUUCGUGUGCCGCAUGGAUGAGUGGGACUCGCGCAUCAUGACCCCCAUCGACGGCUCUGUGACCAAGAUCUUUGUGGCCGACCUGAAGGACCCACUGCAGGUGCCCGUCCACCGCUUCCUGCAGGGCCGCGUGCAGAGGGUGGGGUACGAACGGCUCACGGCCCAGGCCAGGCGCCACCGGCUCUUCUGGGUGCGCAUUGUGGUCUGGCGGGAGCGCUUCUACUACCCGCUGGGCAUAGUGCUGGAGGUGCUACCCGAGGUCACCACCUGGGAGCAGGGCCUCCGAAUUCUGGACCUGGAGUAUGGCCUCAGGGAACCCUCGCCAGACCCAGCUGUGGUCUCCAAGGUGCUGCAGAAAUACUGCGCAGAGCUCGGCCGGGCGCCAGGUUGCCGGGACGACUGCCGCAGCUUCCUGACCUUCACCGUGGACCCCCAGGGUGCCCGCAGCCUGGACGACGCCCUCAGUGUGCGGGACUUGGGCCCCAGGUACGAAGUGGCUGUGCACAUUGCCGACGUGGCCAGCUUCCUGCCCAGGGAUGGGGCGCUGGACGUGGAGGCCCGAAGACGGGGCACUGCAUUCUAUGCCCCCAACCGGGAGCCGACGCCCAUGCUGCCUGCUGGCCUCUGCCAGGAUGUGCUCAGCCUCCUCCCAGGCAAGGACCGCUUCGCCAUCUCGCUCUUCCUCGCCUUCGAGAAGGGCAGCGACCAGCUCAAGAGCCUGCGCUUCGCACCCUCUGUGAUCCGCUCCGACCGCCAGCUGUCCUACGAGGAAGCUGAGCAGGUGAUCAGGGGGCAGCUGGGGGCCGCCCUGGAGCUGCCCGCCCGCCUGGACUCCGUGGACGCCUGCAUCCUGGCUGCGUGCCACUUCGCCCGGGUGCUGCGCCGACGCCGUUUGCAGGCGGCCUGGCACUAUGAGCAGCCUGACGAGGACAGCGCGCUGGGCUUCCGUGCGGCCCACGCCAUGGUCAAAGAGUACAUGAUCCAGUUCAACAGCCUGGUGGCCGAGUUCCUGGUGGGCAGUGAGCGCACCCGGACGGCCACACCAUUGCGGUGGCAGCCCACGCCCAGCGGCCACCAGCUUGAAGCCGUGAGCGAGAAGCACGGAGAGCUGGUGCCUUUAUCGCUUCACCUGAGACACCACCUGCGGGGGCGCGGCACCCCCCUUAAGCAGCUCCACCUGCUGGCUUCCCUCUGGAGGCACAUCCAGCUUGCCGCCCACGCCCAGGACUUCGGCCUGCUGGCCGACCUCAUCACCACGGACGACAUGCACCCCUCGCUGGCUGCCGCGGGUCUGGACUUCCGCAAGGCCCUGGGCCGCUCUGUCUUCGGCCGCUCCAGCCAGGGUGAGCGGCAACCCGCCAGUCACUACUCACUGCAGGUGGACUGGUACACCUGGGCCACCUCACCCAUCCGCAGGUACCUGGACGUGGUGCUGCAGCGGCAGAUUCUGCUGGCACUGGGCCAGGGGGGCUCUGCCUACUCUGCCAGAGACAUCAACGGGCUCUGCCAAGACUUCAGCCGCCAGCACGCACGUGCCCAGAGCUACCAGCGUCGGGCCUGCAGCCUGCACCUGGCCACGCGGCUCAAGGCUCAGCCGCGCCAGAAGCUGGGCUUCGUGGUGGAUGUGGAAUUGGGUGCUCGCUGCUUCAAGCUGCUCUUCCCGGUCAACCGGGAGACCCUGCCUGACCCCUGCCCUGUUUACUAUCGCUCCCUGCAGCUGGCUAAGCACCCGCACCGCCUGGUGAGCCAGCUGGGCCUGCGGCUUGAAUGGCGACGCCGUGUCUACUCAGUGAUGCCGAAUGGGCCAUGUCCCCCACUGCCCGGCACCCUGCUGGACCUGCACACCUGGCCCGUGGACACCGCCCUGUGGCAGCAGCUGCUGGAGCUGGUGGAGGAGCAGCGGUGGCCGGAGGUGGCUGCCCGUGUGCAGGAGCAGGACAGUGCCAGGCCGCCGCAGCGGGAGCUGGGGCAGGUGUCACGCAGCCGCUGUGGCCACUUUGUGGAGGUGGCCCGGGAGCUGGUUAGUGGGGACACGCUGAAGGUGCAGCUCAGCGCCACGCUGCAUCGGGGAAUCCUGGUGCCAGCCCUGCAGCUGUGGCUCGUGGCCCCAGGCCUCAGCCUGUGCCUGGAGCACGUGGAGCGAGCGGGUGACUGCUUCUCGGGCCGUGUGCCGCAGGCCGGGCGGGACCGCUGCCGCAGCGUAGAGGACUACUGCCUCAUGUGGGAGCCGUUUUGCUCCCUGGAGUCGGCCACCAGCGCCGUGGCCGAGAGCGACACCAUCACGCUGCAGCAAGUGCACAUCGCCUGGGACGCGGAGCGGACGGAGCAGGGGCAGCUCCAGGGCAGCUUCUGCCUGGAGGCCGCCUUCCUCCGGGAACAUAGCAUCGACAUCAGUUUUGGCCACUGCUACCUCUGCAUCCGGCUUGAGGGGCUUCGGGCUGUGCCCGAUGCCAGGAUGCCGGACCCUGAAGCCAGCCCUGGCCAGCCGCCCCCCGGGCCCAGCAGCCUGGGCCCCACCCUGAGCAUCGACCCGGACACCUACACCUGGGUGGCCCACGGGCUGACGGAGGACUGGGACCCAAAUCCAGAGGGCCGUGCCGACCGGCAAGAGGCUGACAAGCAGGUGCACUUCUUCAUCCACCACAUGGCCAUGGAGAAGGUUCCAGAAGAGGUGCUGCGGCCCGGCGCCCCAUUCACCAUUGAGGUGCUACCAAAGCAGCUACCUGACCUCCGCAAGGAAGAAGCCGUGCGUGGGCUGAAGGGCGCGUCCCAGCUGGUCAUCAACAUCGCCCUGGGCCACCCCAUCCCCCUGCCCCACCACCUUCCCCGGCACUCUCCCCGACACCUUCCUGGACACCUUCCUGGCCAGCAGCCCCUUCGCAGAGGAAUCCCCAGCAGGUUUUUGGAGCGACAGACCUUUGACAUCCCCGGAGGCCGCCACAAGCUGAACCCCAGCCAGAACGAGGCCAUCAGAGAGGCCCUAAAGAAGCAAUUCACCGUCAUUCAGGGCCCACCAGGCACAGGGAAGACAGUGGUGGGCUUCCACAUCGUGUUCUGGUUUUACAAGUUAAAUGAGGAGCCAGUGCCGGCCUGUGGCACUCCCUUCCAGGAGAAGCAGCUGGGGCCCCCCUGCAUCUUGUACUGUGGCCCCUCCAACAAGUCGGUGGACGUCGUGGCAGGAAUGCUCCUGAGCAGAAGGGCAGAGCUGAAGCCCCUCCGUGUGUACAGCGAGCAGGCGGAGGCCACCGAGUUCCCAGUGCCGGGCGUGAGCAGCAGGGGCCCGCCCAGGAAGACCCCUCGGGAGGGGAGGCCCAACCAGAGCCUCAGGACCAUCACGCUGCACCACCGGAUCCGGCAGUCCUCCAACCCCUACGCGCCCUCCAUCAAGGCUUUUGACACCCGGCUGCAGAGAGGGGAGGUGUUCCCCGAGGAGGACCUCGCCAGGUAUAAGAAGAUCCUGGGGAGGGCGAGGAAGUUCGAGCUGGACCGCCACAGCGUCAUCCUCUGCACGUGCUCGUGUGCGGCCUCGCCCAGCCUCAAGAACCUGAACGUUCGGCAGAUCUUGGUCGAUGAGGCGGGCAUGGCCACGGAGCCCGAGACCCUCAUCCCCCUGGUGAACUUCUCCCACAUUGAGAAGGUGGUUCUUCUUGGGGACCACAAGCAGCUGCGGCCUGUGGUCAAGAAUGAGCAGCUGCAAAGCCUGGGGCUGGACCGGUCUCUCUUCGAGAGGUACUACAGGGAUGCCUACAUGCUGGACACGCAGUACCGCAUGCACGAGGGCAUCUGCAGCUUCCCUUCCAUGGAGUUCUACCAGAAGAGGCUGAAGACCUGGCCGGGCCUGCGGCGGCCGCCCAGCAUCCUGGGCCAUGCUGACAAGGAGAGCUGCCCUGUCAUCUUUGGCCACGUGCAGGGCCACGAGCAGAGCCUGCUGGUGUCCACAGAUGAAGGGAACGAGAACUCCAAGGCCAACCUGGAGGAGGUGGCAGAGGUGGUUCGCAUCGCCAAACAGCUGACCCUGGACAGGACAGUGGACCCCAAGGACAUUGCCAUCCUCACGCCCUACAACGCGCAGGCCGCAGAGAUCAGCAAGGGCCUCGUGCGUCAGGGUGUCACCGGAGUGGCAGUGUGCUCCAUCACCAAGAGCCAGGGGAGUGAGUGGCGCUAUGUGCUGGUGAGCACCGUCCGUUCCUGCCCAGAGAGCGACUUGGAUCAACGGCCGACUAAGAGCUGGCUGAAGAGGUUCCUGGGCUUCGUUGUAGACCCCAACCAAGUGAAUGUGGCCAUCACCCGGGCCCAGGAGGGGCUCUGCCUCGUCGGAGACCACCUCCUGCUUCGAUGCUGCCCUCUGUGGCGCAGACUCCUGGACUUCUGUGAGGCCCAGCGGAGCCUGGUGCCCGCUGGCCAGGUGCGGGUCCGGAGGAGGCCAGCCGUGCUGGUCUGAAGGGCCCGCCUCAGCCAUCCACUGCCCUCAAGCUGACCGGACGGCCAGGACAAGGCCCAGCCCUCCCCUGCAGGCUGCCUUGGCCCCGCUCCGCGGGAUCCCACGUGCCUUCGUCAGCAGUCAUCGCCGGCUCGGCCUGGCGCCCUGCCCCUGGCUGGGCAGGUUCGGAGGCCCGCCGUGGUGUGCACAUUAGCCAUCUCUGGAGCCCGGCUUUGUCCCCGGGGGAGCACGGACCUGAGAAGAAAGAGGAGGUCGGUGCUCAUCCCCCCGGGUGGCCUGCUUUUACUGCCGCUGUGGUGACCGGAGCAUCUCGGGUGGGGCCACUGGGAAGGUUUGGGGUCUGGAAGGAAAUCCCAGCUCUUUGGUCUUUGGAUGCCAUCCCAGCCACACUGGUGCCAGCCAUGGAGCUCAGCUUUAUUUUCUAUUUUUAAAUAAACCCAAACUCAGGGCAGAGGGGCUUCCCUGGAAGCCAGGCCCUUUCUCUGCAUCCACAGCGCCCCCUGAGGCCACCUCACCUUGACCUCCCCACCCACAGCAGCGCUCCCAAGGGCUGUGGGCGG